AUGUAAGCACCUAUCUAAACAGAUUCUGAUAAAACUAAAGAAGAAAUAGACUAAAACUGGUAAUGGAAUGUCUGUAAUACUUCCAUAAAAAUCCUAGAAACUGAUUCUGAAAAAAUCAUUGAUCUAACUCCCUCAAAUGUAUUAGAACUCCCUCCUAACAGCACUCGAUAUAAAGUGGAUUUACUGAUAAAGAAUGAAAGUGCUUUUAUGUUUAGUGGUGUUUGGGAAUGGCAUAAAUCAUGGAAAAUACCUACAAUAAAUUGUACUUUAAAUAUAACAGAUCCACAAACAAAUGAAUCAAUAAUUCUACCUAAAUCAGAAGUCUACGCUGAAAUCUACGCUGUAAAGGAAUUUUAAUAAAAUUCAACUCAUUUAGAGAAUGUAAGUAUUCUAGGAGAAAAUAGAUCUUAUUUUAAAAAUUCCUAAUGUAGCUUUAAAUACCUCAAAUUUAUUAAAACUUCAUAUGAUUAUUCUGGUUCUAAUUUUCAAUUAGUUAUUGCAGUUUAUCUCAAUUAAAUUAACGAAAAAUAUCCUAUUGUUUUAGAAUCUAGAAUUUCGCCUCCUAUAUUUGUCUAUAAUAGAUAUGGUUGUGGAGUUAGUUGUGGUUGCUAUAAAACAAAAAUAAAGAAUUAUUUCUUUGAUCCUUUUUUACCAGAAAGUUUGGAUAGGAAAUAUGUUAAAAGGUUUAGUAGAAAAAAACAUUCAAAAGAUUUGCCUAUAGAGAAUGAUAUAAAUGGCUUGAGUAACUUUAUUUCGGCCCCUAAUAUACGCUUCAAAAUAAAACAUCCUGUCUUUUUAGCUAUAAAAUUUAGUUAUUGUGUAAAAAUGUAUCAUAACACCAACUUAAUUCCUUAUAGUGAUGAUUAUUUAGAAUUCCUAUAAGUUGUAUAAUAUAAUCUGUAAACAACCUAUAUAAAUUCCAAGAUGAAAAAUGAUAUCACAAUUUAAGAAAUACCUCUGAUCCUUUAUGUAGAACACACCCUUUCCUUAGAAUCUAUUGAAUUAAAAAGAAUUCGCGAUUUUUUUAAACUCAUAAACGAAAAUGUAGUGCAAAUUGUUUAAGAUCCAUAAACUAUUCCUGAAAACUUCAAAGAAGUAAAAGAUAUUGAAAGAAUUAAGGAAGCAUAUUAAAAAGCUUAUCUUUCUCUUAUCAAAAUAAAAGAUGAAUUAAAAUCUCCUACUGAUUCUGAAGAGGAAUCUUCUUAAGAUACAUCAAAAGAAUAGCUUAUCAAAAAAUAUAAAACUGAAAAGUCUGAGCUUGAAACUGUAACAGAAGGUGUAUAAAAACUAUAAAUUAACAACAAUCUUCCAUAAUAAAAUUUGUUUGAUGAAGAAAAAAUCAGCUAGAAUUCUUUAUAAAGUGGAUAACUUUAAGGCUCAAAUCAAAACACUAAAAAUAGCAACUAGUUUGGAUCAAUAUUGGACUUUACUUUUAAUAAAAAUGAUUCUAUUUUAAAUGAUGUUAAAUUAUCUGUCUUUACUGGUAUUAACUUUGGUCAACAAAGCUGGUUUGAGGAUUAAAUAGGUGAAAUAAGAUAAUUUAAUGAUGAUAUUAAAUAUACUAAUGACGAUAUUAACCAUGACUAGAAUGACUAUUUUUAUUAACAAACUAGAUUAAGUGUUUAAUAAAGUGAGAAUUAUAAAGAAGAUAUAAUGAAUUCGAAAUUGUUACAUUAACCUGAAGCAAAAUUUGAGAAUCAAGGCAGUUCUUAUUAAAUUUUAUCAAGCAUAUAAUAAAAAAAUUAAUAACUCACUAGCUAUGGGCAAAUUAAUUAAUAAGAGUAACCAAAUUUGAUAAUCAACAAAGAAAUUUUCUAACAAAAUUAAAUGAAAACACAAGCAGAUUAAGUUUCAAUGCAUCAUUAUAGUUAAAAUAUGAUGUAACAUAAGCAUUAAUAUUUUACCUAGAUGAGUUAGUAUCAAAAUUUUAAUUAGAUAAGAGAUAUAAAUAUGCCUUCUUUUGAGAAAGAUUCAUAAUCUCAUAAUAAUAACAGUCAAUUUCUUAACAACCAAAUAAAUUAACAAACAAAUGAUGACUUUAGUAAUCAAUUUUAAUAAAACUAAAACGAAACUUAUCAGCAAAAAAAUACAUUAUAAAAUAGUUUCUAGUAAUUUUGGUUAAAUCCUAAUAAUUAAUUUCAACAGUUUUAACAUUAGCAUUUAAUUUAAUAAUCUAAUGUGGAUGAUUAAUUCAAUCAAAAUAACUUUAUUAGGCAUCUUAAUAGUCCCUCUACUUAUCAAAAAGAGCAUGAUAUGUAAGAAGAAAAAUGA